GAGCAAACACACACACACACUUUUAGACCAUCUCUUAAAUUGGGUUGGGUAGAUUUUGUAGAGGAUGUUGGCAGGUUGUUCAAGUUCAUCAUUGUUGUCGCCGACUCGAAGAUUGAGGAGUGAAGCAGUAGCAGCAACAUCAGCAACAGUAUCAGCACAUUUUCCCAUGAACACACAGAGAUUGGACUUACCAUGCAGCAGUAGCUUCUCUCGCAAGGAAACUCCUUCCAACAGACCACUUGGAAGAAGCAUCUCACUUGACAACAGCAACAACAACAACAGCAACAAACCGGUUGAGCGCAAGACGAGUGGUUGUUCGCUUAAGCAGAACAUAAAGCUUCCACCUUUGGCAACAACAAGAGGAAAUGGAGAAGGGUUUUCUUGGAACAACGACAACAACAACAACAACAACAGAGGGAAGAGUUUGAAGAGAUUGGCGGAGGAGGAUGAGUCUUGUUUGAGCAGAGCGAAGAGGACAAAAUGCGAAAACGAAGGUGGUUUCUGGUUUGAGCAUUUCACUGGCCAUGAUUCUUCUUCACCAGCAUUACCUUUUUCUUUGACAUGUUCAGGUGAUGAUGAGGAAAAGGUUUGCUUUGUGCCUAGUGAAGUCAUUUCUCAGCCUUUACCAAAUUGGGUUGAUUCGGUGAUCACGGAGUUGGCUGGUAUAGGCGAUAAGGACGUUGAGAGUAGCCUUCCUGCUGCAGUUAAGGAAGCUUCUGGAUCAUCGACAAGCGCAUCAUCAGAGAGUCGUAGCUUAAGCCAUAGAGUCCCAGAACCUACAAAUGGCUCAAGGAAUCCUUACACACACCGCGGCGCAACAGAGGAAAGGACCAGCGGAAACAUCAUCAACAACAACAACAAUCACAGGAACGAUUUGCAGAGGGAUUUCGAGCUUGUCAAUUUGCUUACGGGAUGUUUAGAAGCCAUCAGAUCAAGAAACAUCGCCGCGAUUAACCAUUUCAUUGCAAGAACCGGUGAUCUUGCUUCUCCUAGAGGAAGAACACCAAUGACUCGCCUCAUAGCUUACUACAUUGAAGCUUUGGCGCUAAGAGUCGCGCGUAUGUGGCCUCACAUCUUCCACAUCGCACCGCCUCGAGAAUUCGACAGAACUGUUGAGGAUGAAUCAGGAAACGCAUUGAGGUUUUUGAAUCAAGUAACCCCAAUUCCAAAGUUCAUUCAUUUUACAGCCAACGAGAUGUUACUCAGAGCAUUUGAAGGGAAAGAGAGAGUUCACAUUAUCGACUUCGACAUCAAGCAAGGUUUACAAUGGCCAAGCUUCUUCCAAAGCUUAGCUUCAAGAACAAAUCCACCACACCAUGUACGAAUCACUGGAAUCGGAGAAUCAAAACUCGAGCUAAACGAAACCGGAGAUCGCCUCCACGGAUUUGCAGAGGCCAUGAAUCUUCAAUUCGAGUUUCAUCCUGUAGUUGAUAGACUCGAAGACGUUAGACUAUGGAUGCUUCACGUCAAGGAAGGUGAAUCAGUAGCUGUGAACUGUGUUUUGCAGAUGCACAAGACACUCUACGACGGCACCGGAGCAGCAAUUAGGGAUUUUUUGGGUUUAAUCAGAAGCACGAACCCAAUAGCACUCGUUCUUGCUGAACAAGAAGCAGAACACAACUCAGAGCAACUAGAGACGCGAGUGUGUAACUCGUUAAAGUACUAUUCAGCGAUGUUUGAUGCGAUUCACACGAAUCUUGCUACAGAUAGCUUAAUCAGAGUCAAAAUUGAGGAGAUGUUGUUUGGGAGAGAGAUCAGGAACAUUGUUGCUUGUGAAGGAAGUCAUAGACAAGAGAGGCAUGUGAGUUUUCGUCAUUGGAAGAGGAUGUUGGAGCAGCUAGGGUUUCGGAGUCUUGGAGUCUCGGAGAGAGAGGUUAUGCAGAGCAAGAUGUUGCUUAGGAUGUACGGAAGUGAUAAUGAAGGGUUUUUCAAUGUGGAGAGGAGUGGUGAAGACGGUGGAGGUGAAGGCGGACGCGGCGGUGGAGUUACUUUACGGUGGUCGGAGCAGCCACUUUACACGAUCUCGGCUUGGACUAUCGGCGGAAUCGGAGGGAAUUAGGGUUUUAAGAAAAAUAAAGUUUUAAA